AUGAAGUGGCUUAAUGCUGUAGAUGGAAAGAUUUACCAGAGAUGCUGGUUAGUAUUCAAAAAGGCUUCAAGCAAAGGGCCAAAGAGGCUGGAGAAAUUCUCAGAUGAACGAGCUGCUUACUUUAGAUGCUAUCACAAGGUCACAGAGCUCAAUAAUGUGAAGAAUAUAUUACGAAUGCCAAAAAGCACAAAGAAGCAUGCUGUUGGGAUUUAUUUUAAUGAUGACACAUCAAAAACCUUUGCUUGUGAGUCAGAUGUUCUGGGCUUUUAUGCAGAACUUGAGGCAGAUGAGUGGUGCAAGGUGCUGCAGAUGGAGUGUCUUGGAACGCGAAUUAAUGACAUUAGCCUUGGAGAGCCUGACCUGUUGGCAUCUGGAGUAGAGAGGGAGCAGAGUGAGAGAUUCAAUGUGUAUUUGAUGCCAUCCCCUAAUUUAGAUGUGCAUGGGGAAUGUACCUUGCAGAUAACAUUUGAGAAUAUCUGUCUUUGGGACAUCCAGAAUCCCAGAGUAAAACUCAUCUCUUGGCCAUUAAGUGCCCUCCGACGCUACGGGCGGGACCCAUCUUGGUUCACGUUUGAAGCAGGGAGGAUGUGUGACACAGGAGAAGGACUAUUCAUCUUUCAGACCAGAGAUGGGGAAGCAAUCUAUCAGAAGGUUCACUCGGCUGCUUUGGCCAUAGCAGAACAACACGAGCGCUUGUUGCAGAGUGUGAAAAAUUCAAUGCUGCUUGAGUUAAAACUCCCCUCAGGGGAAGCAGUGCUAGCCCAGGACCAGGGGAGCACCAAGCUUCAGAUGAAAAUGAGCGAGCGAGCCGUGUCCCUCAGCACCAUGGUGCCCUUGCCCCGCAGUGCCUACUGGCAGCACAUCACGCGACAGCACAGCACUGGCCAGCUCUACGGUCUGCAAGCUGAUGUUUCUAGCCCAGUGAAGCUCCAUCGCACAGACACUUUUCCAACCUACAGGUCAGACCAUCGAUAA